AUUACGCUUGGAUGCUGCCGGCGGUUGGUGAGUUGGGGGGGAAGGGUAUCGAGUUGGCUUGAUGGAAAUAUUGGGCGUCGCCUGGACCCACGUGAUGAUGAACACAGUCCAGAGAAAACCCAGAGAAAGUUAAGGGGGAAAAACUUUCCCAGGAACUUGCGCUGAACGUUUAGUGAGGAGAGGCGUCAGCAGCUGUUCUCACAGCUCUAUGAAAAAAAUAAACCAUCUGGCAGGAAGCAUUUUAAUUCACAUAGGUAGGAAAAUAGCCAACCGGAAUCACCUACGCCUGCAAAGUGUUGAGCAUCCUGCCAGUGCGUUUUUAUAUCGGCACCAGAAUGACAGAUAGUUCGCCUGCUAGAGUAUAAGAUAGAUGCAUCGCUGAGAAAAGCAAAAUCUACGUGGGGAAAGCCUUUUAAAAACAGUUGUGCCUUUCAAGAAACAGAGCUCAUCUCUGCACUCGUGCUGCUGCUGUUAGUGAGACACCCAUGUGUGGAAUUAAAAAUGGACACUAGUGGUUGAUGAUCAGUAGUGAAGAAUCUACCAUGAUCAACUCUAAAGUUCCUGUGGACUCUUGGAAUCUACAGUUCUGUGGACGUUGACAUGGAUGAAGAGGUCUAUGCAUACUCUCCCACAGUUGAGCCAAUCAUCAUGGUGGCCAGACCAGCUCUUCUCAUUUUGCUUUGUUCCAUUAAACAUGUGGUGAUGCGCAAGGCGGAAUGGCAGAAAUCUUACGUACCUGCGAUUUACCCCAAGGCCACUGUUACACUGGAGAGUGCGCAUUUUGAAGGUAAAGCCAAGCUGAAGGUAACUUCGCAGUGUGGGUUAGAUUGUCACAAAAGAGCACCCCUGCCAACCUAUGAAAAUCUGAGAGAAUAUUUGUCUUAUGAAACUUUGUACCUAAAUGGAAGCAGAACUCUCACAGAUGUGGAUAUCCAUGGCUUCAUUGCUGCUGGUUUCGGACAUGAACAGAAGCACGGAAACAGCGUAAGAACAAAAAGACAGAUCUUUGGCUUGGACUCUCGAUUCAGCAUCUUGUCAAAAAAUUUGCUGUUCAAUUAUCCAUUUUCAACUUCGGUGAAAAUCUCUACGGGUUGCACCGGGACCUUGGUAUCUGCUAAACAUGUUUUGACUGCUGCUCAUUGUGUUCAUGAUGGCAAGAACUAUGUGAAAAAUGCACAAAAGAUGAAAGUUGGAUUCUUUAAAACCAAACAGGUAGAGAAGGGACGAGUCAUAAACCAGAUCAACCCACUUCUUCCAGAGAAGCCUCGAUUCCAUUGGAUUAGGGUGAAGCGGACAUACAUUCCAAAGGGGUGGAUCAAAGGUUCGGCAAAUGAUGUUGGCAUGGAUUAUGACUACGCAAUUCUGGAACUGAAGAGAGCUCACAAGAAACGCUUCAUGAAAAUAGGAGUUGCUCCUCCUCGGGAGAAGCUGCCCGGUGGCCGGAUUCACUUUUCCGGGUUUGAUAAUGAUCGUCCCGGGGAUCUUGUGUAUCGUUUCUGCUUGGUUAAAGAUGAAACCUAUGACCUCCUGUAUCAGCACUGUGAUGCUCAGCCCGGGGCCAGUGGCUCAGGUGUUUACGUCCGAAUGUGGAACAGGCAAAUUCGGAAGUGGGAGCGAAAAGUGGUUGGGAUAUUUUCAGGUCACCAGUGGGUGGAUAAGAACGGCAUGAAGCAAGAUUACAAUGUAGCUGUCCGCAUCACUCCUCUGAAGUAUGCCCAGAUUUGUUUCUGGAUUAAGGGAAAUUAUAUUGACUGUAGGGAUGGAUGAGAUCUUCAUUUUUGCUCUGCUUUUUAAACCAUGUGCUUUGCAAGCUAGUAUACACUUGUACCACAAAUAUUCAAUUCCAGAGCCUCAUUUUACUGUAGGCACAGUUCUUCUGUUAAACCUAAAAGUGGUGAUCAAUAAGGAUAAGAGGAAAGCAGAUGUGUGAAUAGCAGGGAGUAGUGGGAUGUAGAGCACGUACGGGCAGAUAGGAUGCAUUCUGCUUGGCACCAUGGAUGGUGCAGGCAUGCAGGUUGUACUGAUGUACUCGGUCUUCUCCUGAGUAGGAGAAUCGGAGUUCUUCUGGGUACUGAAAAGCGGCUUUUCUCUGACUAGAACCGGUGCUGCAACCAUGUGUUAGAGACAAGCAACUGCAUCAUAAAUGCACUGUUAUUGAUUGCAGAUUGACCAUGAUCUAUGGUUGUGAAAGCAAGUCUAUAAUCUGUCAUAUUAUCUGUUUGAUAUGACAAGCAGAUCCAUUUAAGGUUAUUUGAAGAUUGGAAGAAAAUCUGGAAUACGAUGGAAAAUGCUGGAAACACUCAGCGGGUCUAGAAUUACCUGCAAAAGGGAAUAGAAUUUCUGUGGAAUAUUUCGGGUCUAGGGCCCUUCAUUAGAACUGAAUGUUUCCAGCAAUUUCGUUUUUUUUUCUUAUUAUUUCAAGCAGACGUUGACUUGAAUAGAACUGCUGGUAAUUGGCCAAGAAUGAUAGAAAGAGUAGCUCUGAUUAUCAGCUAUUCAUCUGUACCUUAAGCAUCACAACCUCUUUUGGAAACCUUUGAUGUAAAAUGUUGUGCUGUUAAGGACAAUAAGCAGAAAAGAGAUCAUUCACUGAUUUUAAUUUGAACUGUGAGGCAUACUUAGUUACAUAAAGUGAAUGGCUAUUCAAAAUAAAUAUGCAGUUAGUGAUGACAAAAUGAUUCGGCCACAAAAUGGGAGCAUGGGAAAUUAACGGUAUUUGAAUACUGUACUAAAAAUUGAAUCAGUCAAUAUCAAAUUCAAAUGCUUAUUUCAAUCCUUUUGCACAGCACUUGCAAGCCAUUGGAAAAAAUGUCUGAAGCUUUAGUUUAUUCAACAAAAAGUUAAGAAAUUCAUAAACUUUUUGCAUUUUUCAGUCCCAGCAAGAUGAACUUGGAUAAUGGGGCAAUACUUGUUUUCUAUAAAGCUGGUGUGUAUGAAAAUUUACCAGAACUUAUUAUAAAAAGAUGUCUACAGAAGAAUUUAUAUCUUUCACAUCUACCAAAUGUAAUACUGCUCUGCUCUAAGAAUUGUUUUUAAUAUGUUGCUAAUGAGCCAUGGGCUUUGAAUGUGGACAAUCUAAUGCAAUCUAUGUCAAUAUUUUAAUCAAUAAAAAAGCAAGUGGUCCAUUUUAA